AUGGCGGCUUGUAGCCCGACAGAAGAUAAGUAUGGCUACGACGACAGUCGGUUUCAAAAAGAUAUCGACGAAAAUUUUCAUUGUUCAAUCUGCUACAAUGUUCUCAAAGAACCGAGGAUGUGUAGGAAUAACGAACACAUCUUCUGUCUCGCCUGUAUCAUCCGAAAUCUCAACGAGAACUCUGAAACUUGUCCUGAAUGCAACGAAGAUUUGAGUGUAGAUACGCUUCGUCGGGCACCUCGUUCGGUGAUGAAUUAUUUAUCUGAGCUUAAAAUAAAGUGUGACUUUGCUAGUCGGGGAUGUCCCGAGUUUAUCCGUCUCGAAGCUCUGGAAAGUCAUGUUCUGAAUUGUGGGUUUUCUCCUGUAUUGUGUUCAAACGAAGAAUGUGGUUUGGAGAUUAACAAACAAGACAGAGUCCAUCACGAGACUGAAGUUUGUGAAUACAGGAGAGUGAAAUGUCAUGACUGUGGACAGAUACAGGAACUUGUUGGGGUUUUAAUGGAAAUUAAUAACACGACUAGCGAAAAAGUAGAAGUCUUGAAGGAAAAUAUGAAACAAGAAUUCAAAAAGUUCCAAGUAGUUAAGAAAGAUGUAAAACAUGUAAAGGAAAAUCUUUCCAAAGUAAAUAAAAAUGUGGCUGAACUUAAAGUUACGGUGACACAAAUACUUCAAAAGUUAAGCAAUCUUGAAAUGAUGGGGAAUUCGCCGUCCCCAGUGAAGCCAAAUGAAGGUGCUAUGUUACCAGGUGCAUACGGGUCUGUGUCAAUGCCAGCAGCAGUAUUACGGAAUAUCAUGUAUGCAUGGCCAUCGCCGGCAACAGUAAAUCACGGUCGAGUGCGGGAUCAAGACAAUCAAGAUCCACGACCGGAUCAAGACCUUCUAAAUCCAUCAGUUUUGGCUCAAGCGUCACCUCCAGAUCAAAAACAAAUGUUGGGCGAGCGUCUUUUCCCACUCAUUCAACAAACCCACCCUGAUUUAGCUGGCAAGAUAACAGGAAUGUUGUUAGAGAUAGAUAAUGCAGAACUACUCCACAUGUUGGAGUUUCGUGAAGCAUUGGCUGCUAAAGUAGAGGAAGUUGUGAGCGUUCUCAAAGCCCAUCAAGCACGCGAAUCGAAGCAACAUUAA